UUCCUCAAAUCGAAGCAAUAAUUUAUUUGAACAAUACAAAAUUAAAUUAGAGGGUUCAAUGAGUGCUUUAAUAUUUCAAAAAUCAAAAUACUGUGUCCUGAAACUUCAUCAAAAUUUACCGCAUAAAUUUUUAGCCCCAGAAAUAUAUGAGAUGUAUCAAAUAGAGUGGUAUGACUAUCUUGAGAAAAUUCGUCGGACUAUUGGAGGUAAAACAUGGAUACCAGAUACCCAAGUGAUUGUUCAUUUAAAUGAUAAAUUUAUUGGCAACCACUCAGAUUUAUUCGAUUUUGUAAAUCAAAAUUUUACUAUCAAUUUACCAGUUGAUACUGAAUUUUAUGAGAACUUAAUUAAUGAGAGUUUUAAGAAAUUUGUAGACAAUCCAGACCGUAAAUUUAUUUAUUUAAAAUUUUCUAUUGACGGUGCUCUAUUAGGAACUUUAAUAUUUAUGUUAUAUUCCGAUAAAUUGCGACAUACCUGUGAAUAUUUCAUCAACCUUUGUCAAGGCGAUAAAAUAAAAAAAAAUGAUCAAUAUUUGUGCUACAAAAACUCAACGUUGCACCGUAUUGUUAAGGACCGAUGGCUUCAACUUGGUGAUUUAGGAUAUGAAAAUAACUUUAUUGAUGAAACUACAAUAGUCGCUGAGAAUCAUUUAAUUUCACACGAUCGUCGGGGUGUUCUUUCGUUAGCUAAUGACGGAAAAAAUCACAACGGACCACAAUUUGUUGUUUCUCUAAAUCCCAAUCCAUGGAUGGAUAAUUAUUAUGUUGCAUUCGGACAAUUAAUUGAUGGCGCAAACACUUUAAAAAUAAUUGAACAAGUAGAUACUUUUUAUGAAUCACCUUUGCAAAAAAUUGUUAUUACAGAAUGUGGAAAAUUUUCUAUUGACCAAAAUAAUAAUCAACAAACAAAAAAAAAUUUGUACUAA